AUGGCAACCACGGAAUCGAAAACUACGGUGGCUGUCUCUGGCAGCGAGGAGGAACUAGUUGGACAGUUGGAUCAAGGACUUCGCGCUUGGACAGUCGUCUUUGGAGCAUGGUGCUGUCUGUUUUGCGCUUUUGGCUGGGUUUUCGAUAAUUAUGGCCCGAAAUGGCUACUUCUUAUUGGGACAUGUCUUCACGUCUUUGGUAUUAUGAUGACCUCCAUAUCGACGGAGUACUAUCAAUUCUUGCUAGCCCAAGGAAUCUGCAGUCCUCUUGGCGCAAGCUUUGUAUUCUCGUCCGCGCUCUCAUGUACCGCAACGUGGUUCGAGAAACGACGUGCCUUGGCCUUUGGAAUCGUUUCCAGCGGCUCGUCACUGGGUGGUGUUGUAUUCCCAACCAUGUUGUCUCGACUCUUCCCUAAGAUCGGGUUCGGAUGGUCUCUGCGUAUCUCUGGAUUCAUCAUCCUGACACUCCUGGUGAUUGCCAACCUGACUGUCCGAUCGAGAAUCAAAAAUGUCCCGCGACCAGUGAAGCUGAGUGAUUAUACGAGUCCGUUUUCGGAGGUGCCGUUUGUCUUGCUUAUGCUGGCAUCCUGCUGCGGAUUCUUCGCCAUGUUUGUGCCAAUCAGUUAUGUCGUUCUAGAGGCUCAGGAUGGGGGAGUCAACCGCGACCUAGCUGGAUACUUAUUGACUAUACUUAAUGCCGCCAGUCUCCCUGGUCGAAUUCUACCAGGUUACCUAGGGGACAAACUGGGCCGAUUCAACGUUAUGAUCGCCAUGUGCUCCCUUUCCGCCAUCGUUAUCCUAGCCCUCUGGCUUCCAGGCACCCUUCUCUCCCCAGGAAGCGUGGCAGUCUAUGUCAUCUUUAGCAUGUGCUAUGGGUUUGCAUCGGGUGCCUUCGUGGGCAUGGUACCCGCCCUGCUGGGCCAGAUCUCCCCCGACGUGACCAAGAUCGGUGUUCGCCAGGGCGUUUUAUUUACUUGCAUCAGUAUUGCAUCGCUCACGGGAAGUCCCAUUGCUGGAGCAAUCUUGAGCCGACAAAACGGCACCUACUGGGGAUUGCAGGUCUUUUCAGGUACAAUGAUGGUAGCAAGUGUAUUCUUCUUCAUUGCAGCGAGAGCGGUACUUGCAGGACUAUCUAUCACGAAAAAGGUUUAA